AUGCGCGUUAUCGAACUCUAUGGCUACCUGGCGCUUUUUGGGACAGUUGCCGGAGCAAGUUCCCUGGGUGCAAUAUGCCCCUGGAGCCCAUUAAGUAAAAUAGAAGACGGGACCUGUGCUGGAUUGGGACAGAAGCGAAUUUUGAGAAACCUCUCGGGGGUCAACUUAGAUUGGGAGGGCCCUGAGCAUUGUGUAAACGAAACAUGCAUCUUCUCAAACGAACACAUAGGUGAUGGCAUCGUACUCGUCACCAGCGAAGUAAAUGCAAAGAUUGCAAGCAAUUUCCCAGUCAUGGUCAAUAAUGGGGCGACAACAUUACCAUUUCACGUGGCAGAGGUGCCCGGAAAGGGCGUUGGUAUUGUUGCCGAUAGAAAAAUACGUAAAGGGGAAACUAUCCUCAUACGCUCCCCGACGAUGAUGGUGCAGACCGCCCCCCACGUUGGAAUGGAGUCAGGGACAAGGGAUGUUCUAUAUGACAUCGCCGUAAGAAAACUUCCCACUAGAGGCCGAGAGCUUUUAAUGGGCCAGAUGGGCGAGGACGUCUACGAUAAAAUAGAAACAAACUGCUUUCAAAUGUACAUCGACGGGGCAAGCGACUCGGGUAGCCACCUAGGGUGUUAUCCGGAGAUAUCUCGAUUCAAUCACGACUGUCGGCCAAAUAUUCACUAUCGUAUCUCUAAUAUGACUCAUAUCACAGUCGCCGCGCGUAAUAUAGAGCCCGGUCAGGAACUAAGCAUCAGCUAUAUCGAACUUAUGCUCUCACGAGAAGAACGUCGUUCCCGCCUACGCAAGUGGGGAUUUGAAUGCGCUUGUUCUCACUGCAGCAUGAGCAAUGAAGAGGUCGCUACUUCAGAUGCGAGGCUUCAGAGGAUCGAAGAGUUAGAAACCGCCCUAGAGAACUUCAACCAGACCAUCGUAACUGCCGACACUGGGGCACAGCUAGCAGAUUUAUACGAAAAAGAAAGAUUGGAUGUCUAUCUCGGACGAGUGUACACACGGGCGGCACUUAACUUUGCACUGUUUGGUGAAGAGGAGAAGGCUCAAAAGUACGCGCUGGCCGCAAUAGAAGCUCUGGAAAGGGAGUUCGGACCGAACGCGGCUGACGCUAAGGCCAUGAGAAUUUUGGCUGAGAAUCCGAAAGCGCAUUGGACUUGGGGGAAGCGGAGAAGAGGAAGUUCGGGAAAGGGCAAGGGGAAAUAA